AUGUCUCGCAUUUGGUUCAUCACCGACUGCUCCUCCGGCUUCGGUCGUCAAUUGGCCAUCGCCGCGGCACAAAACGGCUACAAAGUCGUUGCGACAUCUCGCGAUCCGUCCAAAUUAGACGACCUGAGAGAACUCGGCGUCACCCCGAUCAAGCUGGACGUUCACGACGAGUCCGACAUCCGAGCCGUCAUCGAUAACGUUGAAUUCACCAUCAGACCGAUUGACAUCUUCGUCAAUGACAUCGGGUAUAUUCUCGAAGAAAGCUCUCAAAGCAACGAAGAAAUUACCGCUCAAUUCGACACAAACGUCUUCUCCCAGAUUCGUGUCCUACGCGCAGUCCUGCCAUAUAUGCGCGCCGGGAGAUCCGGUGUAGUUGCUAACUUCGGGUCUAUCGGUGGUUGGAACGGUACCCCUGCUGCUGGGCUUUACUGUGCGAGUAAAGCGGCUGUUACCAUCUAUACCGAGUCGUUGGCGGCGGAAUUGGCUCCUUUUCAUAUUGAUGUUACGUGCGUUGAGCCGGGGUAUUUCCGGACAGAUUUCCUCACGGGGGCACAUAAAAUGGUUGCGAAGAAGCGUAUUCUGGAGUUGGAUGUGAGUACGCAGCACACGCGUAACGGACUUGCGGCCUAUAGUCUGAGGUAG